UGUGUGUGUGUGUGUUGUCAUUAUUAUCCACUGUGCUCCUGCAGCUCAGAAUGGCCAGAUUCACUCAGACUGAAACAAGAAGGCAGCAGCAUCAUCCUCAGCAGCCCCAGUCCGCUUACUCCAGCCUGGUUUUCACCGGACCGGGAGAACCACCGACCCAACAACCACUACUAUUUAUCCCACACCAGCACCAGUACCCUCAGUUCACAUUCCCGAAACCCAUGAACGGGUCAGAACCCAUAUCAAUUCAUCCGGAGAGCGGCAACAUGAAAGACCAAGAUGCCAUUAAGCUGUUUAUCGGGCAGAUACCGCGGAACUUGGAGGAGAAAGACCUCAAACCUCUGUUUGAACAGUUUGGGAAAAUCCACGAACUGACAGUUCUCAAGGACCGAUACACCGGCAUGCACAAAGGUUGCGCAUUCCUCACCUAUUGCGCCCGGGAGUCGGCCAUCAAAGCCCAGAAUGCCCUCCAUGAACAGAAAACACUGCCAGGGAUGACUCGGCCCAUCCAGGUGAAACCGGCUGACAGCGAGAGCCGUGGAGAAGACAGGAAGUUGUUUGUCGGGAUGCUGAACAAGCAACAGACUGAGGAGGAUGUUUACCGCCUUUUUGAACCCUAUGGAGUCAUCGAGGAGUGUACGGUCCUAAGAGGCCCUGACGGAAAUAGCAAAGGUUGCGCCUUCGUCAAGUUCUCCACACACACUGAGGCUCAGUCUGCAAUCAGUGCCCUCCACGGCAGCCAGACCAUGCCAGGCGCUUCCUCCAGCUUGGUGGUCAAGUUUGCCGACACAGACAAGGAGCGCACCAUCAGACGUAUGCAGCAAAUGGUCGGGCAGUUUGGCAUCUUCAACCCAGCUAUCGCCCUUCCCUUCAGCACCUACAGCUCUUACGCACAUGCGCUCAUGCAGCAGCAGGCAGCCAUCAUGGCAGCAAGUCACGGAGGUUACCUCACACCGAGCGUGGCGUUCCCUGCCACGCAGAUCCACCAGAUGGGGGCGCUCAACAUCAACAGCCUCCCACCCACUCCCAUGACCCCGGUGUCGGGUGAGUUUCAUCAUACCCUUGUUCAGGAUAGUAGGAAAUACUCACCCAUUACUACUGAGGAGAGCAUUUCCAGGAUCUGCUCCACUUGGAUGUUCGGCCAUUGUGACACAGGCCUCAGUUCUCCACCAGCCAACAUCACCACCUCCGCCGUGCCCAGCAUUGUCACACCCAUUGUCAACGGAUUCACUGGCAUCCCUCAUCAGCCCAACGGACAUCCUGCCGUGGAGACCGUGUACACCAAUGGCCUGCCACCCUACUCCACCCAGAGCCCCACCGCCGCUGACACUCUCCAGCAAGCCUUCACUGGAGUACAGCAAUACACAGCGAUCUACCCAGCCACCACACUGACUCCCAUUGGCCAGACGCUGCCCCAACCACCCCAGGUCAUCCAGCAACAGCAGCAGAGAGAAGGUGAGGGUCCAGAGGGCUGUAACCUGUUCAUCUACCACCUGCCACAGGAGUUUGGAGACAAUGAACUCAUGCAGAUGUUUUUGCCCUUUGGCACCGUCAUCUCCUCUAAGGUCUUCAUGGACCGGGCGACCAACCAGAGCAAGUGUUUCGGCUUCGUGAGCUUCGACAACCCUGCUAGUGCACAGGCAGCUAUUCAAGCCAUGAAUGGCUUUCAGAUUGGGAUGAAGAGGUUGAAAGUGCAGCUAAAGAGACCGAAGGAUGCCAGCCGCCCUUACUGACACAGCCUACCUUCAGUAUUCAUUGAAGCAGCACAGGUUUUAGAGGACACGUGAAGAUGUCUCUGAGGAGUUAAACUUUUUUUUCUUUGAAAGCAACAUAUGUUUUAAAAAAAAAAAAAUCAACACAUAAGGAAUUUUUGAAGACAUAUCAGCAUUUACUUAUGAAGAUAUAGAUUACGUAAGAAGAAGAAGAUGCGAAGGAGGAGGAGGAGGAGGAGACGCUUCACCCAGGGACUCAACAGUAACAGAUGGCACAGUGCAAGGAAGACAAAAAGAAAAAAAACAAAUGAAAAAGAUGUAAUGAGACUGAACAACAGAACUUUUUUUCUUGUUGAGACUUGAAUUGUUAAUUAAGCAACAAACUAACAAACAAAAAAGCAGCAACAACAAAUAGAUUUCUAUAUACAUAUUAUAUACACAUAUAUAUAAGGAAAGAGGCGCUUGUGGCUUUUACUGUACUGGACAAAUGAGGGUUAAAACUUGAAGAUCAAGAAAAACAGUGGAAAGAAGAAGCUAUUCUGCACAUCCACUGACAGACUUUAUUUCUCUGUCCCUCUUUCUCUUAUUCUCUCAUCGUCUCUCUCAGCAAAAGCAGAACUAUGACUCUUGGAGGUCGCCGAGGUUUC